CCAGCUUCUGCGCUGACAGGCGGCCGACACAGAUCUGCUCAUUGUAGGCCCUGACGUGACGUCGGUUCGAUCAAUUCAUUUGUCGUCGAUGGGUAAGAAAAAGGAGGCGGGCAGCAAGGCGGCCAAGGACGCCAAGAAGCAGAAGCAGCAGGCCAAAGCGCAGAAGAAGCGGCAGAAGGAGCUGGGCGGCGACGAUGACGAAGAUCUCGACGCCAUUCUCGCCGAGCUGGAUGCGCAGGAGGUAAGCGCCGCUGCGUGCCGACACGCAGACACCGACAGACGCAGCUGCCAUGUGGACCAUUGGGACGUGCUUUGAUUCAUGUUGGUCAGGCCAAGAAGAAUGCCAUCACUGUGACGCCCUGCGACCAGCCCGGGCCGAGGACGGGUGCCAGCCUCACUCUCAUACCCUCGUACCCACACAGCAAGAGCGACCCAUGGGCCCUACCUUGAUCCAUUGUGGUUCCUCAACUCGUUGCUGUCGCUGUCGUGUUUUGCUCUCUCACACAGUGGGGAGUUGGUGCUGUUUGGCGGGGAGUAUUACGACGGGCAGCGGCCGCGUGUGUACAACGAUCUGUACAAGUGGAAUGUCGAGAAGGGCGAGUGGCGCAGGGUGGAGGGGGCGGGGCCGAAGCCACGAGUCAGCCACCAAACCGUCCUCUUCAAGUGAGGCGACAACAACAAGACAGAGAGAGAGAGAGAGAGGAUGAAGAGAUGAGCGUGAAGGUGCCUGGCGUGUUGUCUUUCUGUUGGGUUGCAGGGACGACUUAUAUGUGUUUGGUGGCGAGUUCUGCACCCUGUAUGAGUUCCACCACUUCCGCGACCUCUGGCGCUUCGAUUGCAAGGCCAACGCCUGGAGUGUGGUCGAGACGACCGGCACAUCGCCAUCGCCCAGAAGUGGCCACAGAAUGGUCGGUCGGGGGAAGAGGGCGGCACCACACAGACACACACACACACACACACACACACGAAGGCAGAGAGGUGGAUGAACGUAUGUUGCUGUCCCUGCUGUAUCGAUCUAUGUGUGUGUGCGUGUGUGCGUCAGGUUGUGUGGCGCAAUUUCCUGGUCCUGUUUGGGGGUUUCUACGAGACGGUUCGCGAGACGAAGUACUUCAACGAUCUGUACUACCUCAACCUGCAGAACCUGCAGUGGACCAAAGUCGAAUACGGGCCUCACGAACAGGUGGGUGAUUCAUGACGCACACACACGUAUGUGGGUGUGUACCAGGGGGGUGGAGGGGGAAAUGAGUGUGUUAGCCCUCUCUCUCUCUCUCUCUGUCCGUGUGUCCGUCUAGGUGCCUGCCCCUCGCUCAGGGACGUUGAUGUGUCUGUAUCCCGGCGGCGACUGCCUGUACAUCUAUGGUGGCUACUCUAAGAACAGAGAUGCCGGCAAAAUUCACCAGGUGAGUCCUCCAUGGCUCAGUGGCGAAUCCGUGCACCUCCCUCCUUCUCUGUUUCUGUUGUUGACGCAUUCAGGACUGUUGGAUGUUGAACCUGAAGCCUCUUGCUGGCGGCGGUGGCAGGCCCCACUGGGAGCGGGUCGGCAAGAAGGGCAACCCACCAUCAAUUAGAGCAAGUACCCACACACAAACACACACACAAGCAGCAUGAGCAGUCCCCUCCCCUCCACCCUUCACUGGCCCGGUUCGUCUGUUCAUUCGUGUGUGUGUGUGGUCAGGUGCGUCAUCGGUGGUGCACAAGAACCUGGCCAUUGUGUUUGGCGGUGUGUACGACGAGGACGACGGCGGCCUCUCCAUGACGUCGGUCUACUACAACGACCUCUACGCCUUCGACAUGGAGAGAAGGUCAGUGACAUGACCCCACACAAGUCCUUUGUGCCGUGCUCUGCUCUUCCUGCAUUUGUACGUGUGUGCAGGCGCUGGUACCAGCUUGCUCUGCGGAAGAAGGCGUCAGACCAGGCCGACAAGAAGAAGAAGCGCACGCGGAAGAAGGCCAAAGGUCAGCUGGAUGGCGGGGGCAAUCUUAAGACGCACAUCCGUUAACCACAACUGAUAUUUGUUUCCUCCCUCCCCAAAACCCGCGCAGAUGGUGCGUCGGAGGUGGACGAGUCAGAGGCGGGUGAUGGCGGUGAGGAGGAAGAGGACGAUGAGGAGGAUGACGAGAUCAUCCGGGACGACGAUGACGACCUCUUCGUUGCCAAGGUGGGGAGGCGGAAACCAAUGCAUGAGUGUGUGUUGUGUGACGGAUGUCAUGUGUCAUGUGUCAUGCGCUGUGCGUGCAGGAGGGGACGUUCGGAUACAUCGAUCAGUUUGGCAAGCUAGUACGGAUCAGAAUCGAUGGUAGAAAAGGCGACCACACAACCAACACACCCAGACACACCAGCCAGCACGUGGGUGAGAUCCCUCCCCUCUCCCCUGUUGUCAGAUGCCGACCUUCCCCCCGACCUCGACGCAGCUCUCGAGGAGAGCAAGAAGGCCGACACACAGGCAGCACCCACAGAGGGCGACACGCCAUCACAGCAGGACACGGAGCCCUCCACAGACCAGCCCACAAGCCCAGACACAGACGAGAACAAGGGUGACGAAGAUCAAGAUGAAGGAGAAGGAGAAGACGGUGAGGGCGACGAGGGCGAUUGGGUGACCAACCAGCUGAAGCCGGAGGUGGACACGCCCCUCCCGCGCAUCAACGCCAUGCUGGCCAUGAAGGGGCACACUCUGUAUGUGUAUGGCGGCUUGGUGGAGCUGGGCAAGAGGGAGGUCACGCUUGACGACUGCUGGGCACUCGACCUCAACAAACGGUAGGUGGGACGGUGCGGCAGAUGGCGGAUUGCACUGGAUGGAUGUCGCCCGUGUGUGUGUGUGUCAGUGAGAAGUGGGAGUGUGUGUUGAAGGGCCGACUGGACGAACAGACGUGGCUCGACGAGUCCGACGAUGAAGAUGAGGAGGACGAGGGAGACGAAUCCGACAACGGCGACGAGGUAUGUGCUCAACAGACUACGCACACUACACACAACAGGCAUACACACACCCACGUGCAUUUGCUCUCGCCCUGCAGGGCGAUGGUGAGACCGAUGACGAGAGCCAGCGUGCGGGCAAGGGCAAGGCGGGCGACAUCAAGUCCAUCCGUGAGGAAAUGACCAAGCUCAAGGUACGGCAGCUGACAUGGACCCCAAGAAGGGAAUCAGUCAGUCUGUCUGUCUGUCUAAUGGAUGGAUGGCUUCAUGUUGAUGCAGGAGCAGCUCAACGUGGAUGACCUGAAAACCACUCCUCAGCUGGGCGAGAACCUCCGUCACUUCUUCGAGAGAACCAGGGACCACUGGACCGACCUCUUCAUCAAAGGUAACCACACACACGCGCCAAACCACCACACGCAACACAUGACCUACGACAUAUGACACACGAAGCGCAAAACACAACGCAUCCAUGCCAUGUCGCUCUCCUUCUCCCUCUGCUUGUUGCAGAGGAGGCCGCUAAGGCCGAGGAGGCGUCGAGCAGCUCGAGCGAGCCGCCCCCGGUGCGGCACCACCGCGACGUCAAGGAGAUCCGUCGUGAGGCCUUCGUGUUGUGUGAGGAGCGGUAUGAGGCGCUGCGUCCGCUGCUGCGUCGGCUGGCCGAGCUUGAGGAGGAGCAGAACGAGUGGGAGGCGGUGGAGGGCAAGAAGGCAGGGGCGGGAGCUGCUGACAGAAGGAAGGGCGGCAAGUAGAG